AAACUCUUUCAAUAACUUUCUUAUGUUACGCUGUAACAUUAAACUAAUUUGUUUAAAGUUAUAAAACACUGAUUUAUGUUAUCAUAACUUAAAUGACUGACUGUACCGUGGGUGCAUGUAUUCUCUGCUAUUUAAUUGUCAAAGUAGUCAAAUUAUAUUUACAUUUUUAAAUGUCUAGAUCACUUGCCGCGUUCCAAAAACUAAUAUUUUUAUAAUAAUAUUCUACUAUUUUUGAUUUUUUUUUAUAUUGAAAAUUGUUUGUUUGAACUUCAACGCGCUUUUAAAAUCAACAAAAUCAAUUCAAAUGUCCACUCGGCGUUCAACUAUUUUGGGCCGUAGAAGAACGGUUUUGAGUAUAGCCUUAGAUGAUGAUAAUCCUCGCGUAUCGUAUCAAGCAAUGGAAGACGACGUAGUUCCAAGAGCUAGUAGCAUUUUCUUGACUUCUAUAGUUACAACUUCGGAAGCCCCUGUAAAAUCACAAACCGUAGUUGUUCAACAAAUCAUGGACGAUAUAAAUGUGGACGAACCACGUAACUAUGAGGAAGCGGAUGCCAGAGAUUUACCAAGUCGCGAUCCUAGCUUUACAAAGGAGUUCUUCAGUAAAUUUAACAGCCUCAUGAACUAUAGAGAAACAAUAAGAAAAUACGAAAAACAAUUUCAACAUGAAAUUUCAUUAUUACUUGGAGCUCAACCGACCGCCUAUGAGGUAGUAAGUUUACAAAGACACCUCAGCUAUACAUCCCUUUGGCCACCAUUACAUAACCGUCGUGAGUUGUUUAGAUCCAGACGACUGUUCGAUUGUCUCACUAGCAAGCAAAGAAGUCGCUUGCAUCAGUUAAUGGCUCUAAGAUAAUAUGAAAUAAAAUAAUAAUAAUCGGUAUAACAAAUAAUGGUAUUAUGUUAGCAAAAAAAUAAGAAAUUGUUCGAUAAGUAACAUAAACAUAUUAUUAUGGAUCCAAAGUACAAUUUUAUUUUCACAACAAAUCAACGAAGUUCUCUGAAAUAUAACUAAUAGAAAAAAUAAAAUAUUUACCAAUGUUA